UGCUGCAGGUCCUGGGGUCAAGCUGGACAGGUCUGAAGGAGAGGAGGACCCACAACACAGCACAGACAUCCAGACUGGAGCGGCUGGAGCGCCCCCUGUAGCAACGGAGGAUCCUACUGCCGCCCCAGUGCAGCCCAGGACCCGACGCAGCAUCACGGAGGUCAGUGGAACGCAGAACGCCGUCCUCAAGUCAGAGACAGAGACUGAGACUUUAACGGGGCUGGGGCGACUGGGCUAUCCACCUGCUCCCCGCUCAGAGUAUUUACUUUACGGUAGCCCGAGGACGGUUCUGUCCCAUCAGGACUCAGGUGACGCGUUACAGACUGGCAAUGAUCCGUCCUGUUCAUACGCUACAGAGACAGAGAUGAUACCUGGUAACAUGCCUGUGGGCUUAGAUACACAGACUAAUCCAAUGAGAGGGGACUGGAACCAGUACAGUAGUAGUGUAUACUCUGAAGGGUGCCUAGAUAAGAAAGGGGAGGGUCUGGUCGUAGAUGAGGUGACUGUGAAAGUUGAGCGCGACUCUCCGCAGACAUGGAAUGCAGACGAGACUCACUUAAGAGAAGGACACUCACAGGUCAACACCAGUGACUUCUUAGAUUACAGGGAAAGCUUGGAGACAAAUCUAAAUGUUGCGACCCACUCCCCUUUACAUGCAUUCAGAGAUCGCGACCCAGUGUCCACGUCGGUGGGGCCUUCUGAUUCACACGGCCGCGUCCUUUUUGAUCAGGUAUUGAACUCAAAUGACAGGGCUAGAGCCCAGGCUCAGGGAGGGGGAGCAACAUCAGGCAAUAGUAAAGAGAAACGGUUCCUCUGCAUGUUCUGUAACAAAGGCUUCAGCUGCCCCCAUAAUUUGGAGAUCCACCAGAGGGUCCACACAGGGGUGAAACCCUUCAGCUGUACACAGUGUCACAUGCGCUUCGCUCAGGCUGGCAACCUGAAGAGGCACCAGAGGGUCCACACCGGGGUGAAACCCUUUAGCUGUACACAGUGUCACAUGCGCUUCGCUGAGGCUGGUGACCUGAAGAGGCACCAGAGGGUCCACACAGGGGAGAAACCCUACAGCUGCCCCCAGUGUGAGAAGAGGUUCUCCCGCCAGCACCAGCUGAAGAUACACCUGAAGGUCCACACGGGAGAAACGCUGUUUGCCUGUACGCACUGCGGAAAGAGGUUCUCAGAGAGGAGCUACCUCAGAAUACACCAGCAGAAAAAUCAUUCCAGUCUAUAACAUCGAAAGUAAACAUUUCACGCGAUAGCUUCUGACGUUUAGAUCAAACCCUGCAUUAAAGACAAAUCUAUAAAUUUUCAUCAGCAAAAAAUAUCCACAGAUUCAUUUGGAAUAACGAUGGUAACAGAUUUCAGUGUUGAAUAUUCCUGGGUAGAAUAUUGCAUCCAGACAUUGUGGGAUAUAAACCUAAAGUCUGUUACAUAUUGUGUUUGUACUGUGUAGGGUAUAUGUUUACAAAUGCCUGGAUUACUUCCAUUCACCAACUGAAUUUUUUUUCCCAAGACACUUUUAAUUGGAAAAUAAAUGCAGUUCAACAAGUUCAUGCAGAUUUUUAGUUGAGACGUGUAUGUGUGGUUUUCAUAUGGUGUAUUUAAAACUUGUUUAUGUUUAAUAAACACAAAAUGGG